UUUUAAACCCGUCUGUUCUCUAUUAAUUCACCUUUUCUCUGGCUGCUACAUCCUCCGACUGUUCCCGCGCGAAAAGUUAGGAAGCGACAGUUUUAUCAGACGCCGUUUAACAAGCUAACUAGCAUGCUAGCGGCUAGCCGACUGUUAGCGAGCGGCUGUGUUGCAGUUUCUGGAGUUUGGGAGCUGAUGGAGGAAGAAAAGUUUGUUUUAUCAGUGAUCGAGAACGUCAGACGGAGAGCGAGGGACGACGAUGUUUGAAAAUGUCCCGGCAGUGUCCACAGCGGAGCGUCAGCAGGUUCUGGGAGCUCUGGAGCGUCUGCAGGCCAAACUGGCCCAGAGGGAGGAGUGGACCCACAGUGAGACGAUGGGAAACCUGAGGGAGACUCUGCAGAAUCCGCUGUUCAACCACAUCCUGACCCUGCAGCACUCCAUCAAACAGCUGCGGCACCAGCUGAACAAUAUGCCGCCUGACACCUGCAGCGAGUUCAGUUUCUCCAAAAAGGGUCAGCUGAUCAUGAGCGCUGUUAAUUCAGCCAGCAGCUCCGCCCCGCCCUCCCUGUCCUCCUCCUCCAUCCUGACCAAUGGCUUGUCUCCACCCAUCCAUCAGACUCCGCCCUCAUCUGACCUCCUGCCGAAAUGGAUCCUCGCCGCUGCCAAGGGCCGUCACACAGAGCUGGUUCGCCUGACUCGGCCUCUGUCUGGAGGUCUGGGCUUCAGCGUGGUCGGCCUGAACCCUGAAGGAACCAGCAGUCAGGGCGUCUUCGUUAAACACAUCCAGCCUGGAGGCGUCGCGCACAGGAACGGGUGUCUCCAGGAGAGGGACCAGAUCCUGGUGAUAAACGGCAGUCCUCUGGAGGCGGGGAUCAGCCAGCAGCAGGCGCUGACCCUCCUGCAGCAGCCCGGAGAGACGGUGGAGCUGGUGGUCGCCAGGGACCGCCCACUCAACGCAUCAUCACAACCUGCCGCCGCCAUCAACACGGAUCAGUGGGGUCACGCGGAGGAAAUCGAGCUGGUGAACGAUGGAUCUGGUUUGGGCUUCGGCAUCGUGGGAGGGAAGACGACCGGGGUGGUGGUCAGGACGCUCAUCCCAAACAGCGUGGCUGACAAGGACGGACGUCUCCGCACAGGUGACUACAUCCUUCGCAUUGGGGCGACGCCCACCAGUGGCCUUACUAGCGACCAGGUCGUCAAGGUGCUGCAGGCGUGCGGGAGUCACGUGACCAUGCUGAUAGCUAGGGAUCCCCGGGGUCAGAGGUCAACUGCCCCGCCUCCCCCACCACCUCCAAACUCUGCCCCCGUCUCCUCUUUACCCCCCCAACCCCCAGACCUGCCCCCCCAACGUCGACUCAGCAAUACGCCCAACCUGGAGGGGUAUGAGAUCCACGAGGUUCCACUAAGCAAGAAGGAUGGCCAGAGCCUCGGCAUCUCCAUCAUUGGCUACAACCCCCUGACCAGCCAAGAUGCAGUCGGUGUGUUUGUGAAACAUGUCGUCCCAGGCAGCGCAGCAGAUCACAGCGGAAACGUCCGAAUCCACGACCGACUGCUCGCUUUGGACGGCGUCAGUCUUCACGGUCUGACCAAUCAGGAAGUUCUGGAGGUGAUGAAGAAGACCGGUCAGACCGUCGUCCUCACUCUGGUCAGAAAGAAACCCAGAACCCUGGAGAGAUCCCUGGACAAAGUGGAGAGGGAGUCAUCUCGUGUGUCAUUCAGGAGAUCGUUGGAGGUCAAGUCUCGCUCAUCUGGGUUGGACUUUACGACGCCAAAACUGGAACCAACGUACCCAAACGCAGCACAGCUAACAAGGGCUACAGAUGCAGAACUGAUGGAUAAAUGGGAGCAGGCUCUGGGACCAAAGUACCAAGUUCUGGUGGUGAAGUUGGAUCCUGUCAUUGAAGACGAUGCAGAGCUGCAAAGAUCCUCCAAGCUGCUGCCCAUCCACACUCUGCGUCUUGGUGUGGAGUUGGACUCGUUUGAUGGUCACCACUACAUCUCCUCGGUGGUCCCUGGAGGCCCCGUGGACAAACAUGGAGUCUUGAGACCAGAGGAUGAGCUCCUGGAGGUGAAUGAUGUUCAGCUGUACGGUAAGUCCCGUCGAGAAGUGGUGUCGUUCCUAAAAGAAGUGCCUCCUCCGUUCACUCUGGUCUGCUGCCGACACCCGACCUCUGGCCUGGAACUACAAUCUGAAUCUGAACCAGAACCUGAACCUGAACCACUGCUGCGAACUGGACCUGGACCAGUAAGACACUCUCAACCCAGUGUGGAGGAGAUCGAGCUGAAGCUGUCGUCGAUGCUCUGCAGUCAGACAGAAGUGAGACAGAGCGGCGUUGAACCUCAGCAGGCAGUUAGACAGGAGCAGGAAUACCCUGAAGAGGAGGUGCUGACGGAGGAGAGGAGUCAACACAGCCAAGCGGGGGAGGAGGAGGAGGAGGAGGAGGAGGAAGAACAGGAUGAAGAAGAUGAGGAGCUGGCUCUGUGGUCUCCAGAUGUUCAGGUGGUAGAGCUGCGUAAGGAGAGAGACAAAGGCCUCGGCUUCAGCAUCCUGGAUUACCAGGACCCGCUGGAUACCGGUCGGUGCGUGAUGGUGAUCCGGUCUGUGGUUUCUGGCAGUUCAGCCGAGCGUCACGGCGGUUUACUUCCUGGAGACCAGCUGGUUUCUGUCAACCAGACCCUGUUGGACCAGCUCACCUUGGCCCAGGCGGUGGAGGUCCUGAAGUCUGCCCCGCCUGGCACGGUCCGCCUCGGCAUCCGCAAGCCUCUGGUGGACGGAGCAGAGAGGAGGGAGGACGGCAGCCGGGUGUCUCUCAGCGCGCCGCUGCCUGUGCCAAAGGGUUUCGGCGAUGGCUCCAUCCUGCCAGAGGACCUUCGACAAGAAAAAGAAGAUGAAGAAGAGGAGGAGCCGGAGCUGAUCCUGGAUGGAGGUCUGCCUCGCUACACCUCCUUCUCUCGGACCUCUACCCUCCUGCCUCUGGAGGAGGGUAGGGAGAUGGCCGUGGACGAGGAGGUGGAAGGAAAGAAUGAGAGGGAGGUGAAGACGCAGAAGAAAGUCGAAGACAGCUCGGCCUCCCUCCCCAGGGGACCUCCUCCGUCAUGGGAGGAGUGGAAACGCACCUCCUUCAGCCAGGCCGGAGGAGCAGAGGAGACUUGGAGAAGAGAGAAUCAGGAGGAGCUCAGAGACAGAGAGGACGAGGAGCUGCAGAGAUCAGACCAUGAAAGCAUCGUGUCUGUAGGAAACCUGAGUCUGGGUACUCCUGGCUGCAGAGACAGUGAAGCAGACUCCGAGCUUACUCUGACAGACACCGACACAGAGUCUGUCAGGAUGAUUGGUACAGAAGGAAGGAAGGGGCGGAGCCAGCGAGGAGCCUCUCUACGAUUCAGAGGAGACCACAGGGAUCUUCCUGAAAGAGAGGAGGGGGAAGGAGAGGAAACUCCUGCCUUCAGUCACUGGGGACCCCCCCGCAGGGUGGAGGUGUGGCCUGAGGAGGGUCAGUCAUUGGGUCUGAGCAUCGUUGGAGGUCACCAUGUCAUCAAGCGUCUGAAGAACGGCGAGGAGCUGAAGGGAAUCUUCAUCAAACAGGUUUUGCCAAACAGUCCUGCUGCCAAAACAAAGUGUCUGAAGACCGGAGACAAAAUCCUGGAGGUGUCAGGUGUUGACCUACACGCCGCCAGUCACGAGGAGGCGGUCAGUGCCAUCAAAUCGGCUCCGAGCCCCGUUGUCUUCAUCGUGCAGAGCCUGUCAGCUACUCCACGGCCUUUGUCUCUAACAGCUUCCAGCUACAAUAAACACAAAACAAAGAGGAAAGAGUCUCCGCAACCAGGUGCAGCCCCGCCCCCUCUGAGACAGCCCCCGCCCUACAGACCUCCCAGCCAAUCAGAGCAGCAGAUGAACCCUGACCUGGAGCAGGCCAGAGAGCGUUGGUGUGAGCGUUAUGGAGACCUGCAGGGGGAGCUGCUGUGCGUGGAGCUGGACAAGGAGCGGCAGGGUCUGGGUCUCAGCCUGGCGGGAAACCGGGAUCGUUCCCGCCUCAGCAUCUUCGUGGUGGGACUCCAUGCCGGUGGGCCGGCCGCUCGAGACGGACGCAUCCGGGUCGGAGAUGAGCUGCUGGAGAUUAACAACCAGGUUCUUUAUGGGCGGAGUCACCAGAACGCCUCGGCCAUCAUUAAGAGCGCCGCCUCCAAGGUGAAGCUCAUCCUGCUCAGAAGUGAAGACGCUGUAAACCAGAUGGCCGUCCCCCCCUUCUCGACUCCCCCUCCUCCCCCUGUCCUGAGCGCUGAGGUCACAACACAUCCACAGUCUGUCUGUCCAGCUCCUCUCGGUGUCUCCGCCCCCACAGAUGGACCGCGCCUACCCACCGCCCUGACGCUCCACCCGGCCUCAGACACACUGGACGAGACGAGCGACGAAGCAGAACAGAACAACAACAACAGAAGCAGCAACGGCGCCGCCAAGAGUCUGAGAGAGGCCGACACUUUCAAAAAGAGGCCAAACGUUGCAGAGUCUCCAGAAAACGAGUUUCUGGCUCCGAGGGCGUCGCUGGAGCAGCAGUCCUGCAGGUCUCACAGCAGCUCCAGUAAACCGACAGCAGCAUCUCCUCCUCUGAUCAGCCCCGACCUGCAGACCGUCAACAGAGACCCAUCAUGCUGUGCGGUGGUUCCUGGCCAGGAGACGCUGCUGGAGAUCUGUAAAGGUCGAUCAGGACUCGGACUCAGUAUAGUGGGAGGAAGAGACACACAGCUGGACGCCAUAGUGAUCCAUGAGGUUUAUGAAGAAGGAGCUGCAGCCAGAGACGGACGACUGUGGGCAGGAGACCAGAUACUCGAGGUGAACGGGGUGGACCUCCGCGGUGCGUCCCACGAGGAAGCAAUCGCCGCGCUGCGUCAGACGCCGGCGAAGGUUCGCAUGACGGUGCUGAGGGACGAGGCUCAGUACAGAGACGAGGAGAACCUGGACGUCUUUAAGGUGGAGCUGCAGAAGAAGAGCGGCAGAGGGCUGGGACUCAGCAUCGUCGGGAAGAGGAGUGGCAGCGGCGUGUUUAUCUCUGAGGUGGUCCGAGGGGGCGCUGCAGAGCUGGACGGUCGCCUGAUGCAGGGAGAUCAGAUUCUGUCAGUCAACGGAGACGACACGAAACACGCCUCCCAGGAAGCUGUCGCUGCCAUCCUGAAGUGUGCUCGGGGUCCGGUCCUGUUGGAGCUCGGACGGCUCAAAGCUGCGUCCUGGAUCUCGUCCAGACGCAACUCACAAGGAAGCCAGAUGAGUCAUGUGAGUGGGAGCAGCUCAGGUGUUGUGGCUCCGCCCCUCAUGCAGACCCCGACAUCAUGUGACCCCGCGACCACCGACCCCCCGACAUUGAUCUCCAGCGGCGCCCUGCCCCUCAAUAACGACCUGAAGUCCACCAGUGACAUCACUUCCUCCUCCAACGGCGCAGGGGUAGAUGGAGGCAUCCGCACGGUGGAGAUCACACGGGGCGCCAGUGACUCCCUCGGGGUGAGUAUAGCGGGAGGGAAGGGCAGCCCGCUGGGUGACAUCCCCAUCUUCAUCGCCAUGAUUCAGGCCAACGGAGUCGCUGCCAAGACGCACAGACUCAAGGUGGCCGACAGGAUCGUCAGUAUUAACGGUCAGUCUGUGGACGGCCUGUCGCACAGCGAGGUGGUCACCAUGCUAAAGAACAGCUACGGGAACAUCAGCCUGAAGGUGGUGGCGGACACCAACAUCAGCGCUAUCGCCACUCAGGUAGAGAGUUUGUCCAGCAGCUCCAGUCUGUCAGCCAGCACGGACGCGCACACAGCAGAGCCAGAAGGUCCGCGACCCCGCAGCAUCAGUCUGGAGAAAGGCUCUGAGGGACUCGGCUUCAGCAUCGUCGGAGGAUUCGGCAGCCCACAUGGAGACUUGCCCAUCUACGUCAAGACUGUCUUCAGCAAGGGCGCAGCGGCAGUGGAUGGGCGUCUGAAGCGAGGCGACCAGAUCCUGUCUGUGAACGGAGAGAGUCUGCAGGGAGCAACGCACGAGCAGGCGGUCGCCAUCCUCAAGAAACAGAGAGGAACCGUCACACUGAACAUCCUGUCAUAACACACAGAAACACACACACCUGCAUGCACACUGACACACACACACAGAAACACCUGUGACAGGUGGAGGUCAAUCACACACAUUUUGACUCUUGGACUACGUAUCAUCAUGAAUCGUGAACUCUGAACUUCCCAACAUGCAAAAAAAGAAACACACUUCCUGUUUGGGCUGGCGCCACUACACACUGAUGUCAGCACGGACAGAUGCGUCUCACAACAAGAGUUUCUCAACCUUGGGUUCUGGUACGCAGAUGGGGUCAUAAGAAACGUCUGAUGUACUGAGCGGGUACUUAGCGGGUCAGCUCAUUGUCAUAUCUUAACAACUACUGGAACAUCUUUGCAUGAAAUUUGCUGUUCAUAUAAUUCUGCUCCCCAGAUCAUCGUUUUUUUAAAGAUUCUUGCAAAAUACUGACUUUUCUUCAUCAGGACAAAUGAUCCACUCAGACAACAGUGAUGAUUGUGAUGGAAAUCCGAUCCAGGCAUUUGUUAAGUGUUUUUAUAAAGCUUUAGAAUUGAGUAAAGUAGAAUUCAAGUUGAAACAACUGUCUCUUUUCUAGUUGACCAUGUUCACAAUCAUAGUUUAACGUGUUAGCAUGGUAAUAUUUGCAAAUGGGGACUAAACACAACUAAGGACAAUGUCAUUUGUUUUGCAAGUAUUUGGUCAUAAAGCAAACAGAGUAUUAGACACAUUACCUGGAAAAAAAAGUCGAACAAUGUAUGAUAAAUCUAUUAAUGACAUAAAGAAGUAUAAGCAGAUGAAUAAAGCCCAAGUCCCUCCCUUCAACCCCUAUGGGAUCUUAUUUCGGGAAAAAAAAACUGUAAAGUAACAUUUAGUUUAGUGUGAAACUGCUCAAUGAACUCCAUCUUUUAUCUCGCACAAUAUCCAACGUGUUAGCGCAGUAAUGCUAAGCUAACAUUCAUCACUUGCUUGCUACUAGCUAGGUAGCUUAGCUAUGUUCCACACACAGAUGUAUCUCACCUGAUGUGUUUGAUCCAACGACUCCUGGUCCUUACAUCACAUCAUCUGCACAUGGAAGCUGUUUAACGUUAGCUUCGAUAACGUUAGCUUCAGUAACGUUAGCUUCAGUGUUAGCUUCAGUCAAUAAGAGAAACGCAACUUUUGGGUUUAUGGUCUUUGUAAUAACGCAGUUUAGCAUUCUUAUACUUUUUUACAAGAAAAUGUAACUUUCUCGGAUCAAAACAUUUGUCUAUUAAGUAUUAAGGUCCCACGGAGGUGCACAGGAACUGGAGGGACUUCCAUCACGUAGUUCCGUCUUCUCAAAUGUGUAUAUUUGUUGGUUUUCUCAAUCUUCUGUGACUGUACAAUGAAUAUUUUGGGCUUUUGGACUGUCUUGGCAUUUUCUGGACCAAACUAUUAAUCGAUCAUUUGAGAAAAUAAUUGGUUGAUUGUUCGACAAUGAAAAUAAUAAUUAUUUGCCGCCCCUAAAAUGUGUUUCAUUAAAUUAACCUGAACUAAAUUUCACAGCAAUCCAUCAAAUAGUUGUUGAGAUAUUUUAGUCUGAACCACAGUUGUGUAGAUGAAAACACCACCAAAGUUUGUAGGAUUCAUCCUCUGGGCACCACAAAUGUCGAUUGUCAACAUAUUUCAGUCUGCUAGUGUCCCAAAAGAGAGAAAUCUGACUCUAAAACAUGGUGUUCAAGCCAGAAAAGGUUGAGAAACUCUUUUUAGAUCCCUUAUCAGUUCAGUAUAUAAUCUAAAACAAAUAAGAAUCAAUAUGGAGGCAGAAUGGAGUGACAUUUAAAUCCAGCCUGCACUAGUUCAUUCAGCUCUACAGACAAACAACAGGGAGGUUUGUUUUCAUGGAUGGAAAAAAAAAUGUUUAUAAUCAAGAGGAACAAAAGGGAAAUAUUGGUAGAAAAGAUGUGACUGACACUACUGCACACGUUAGCUUAGCAUCUCCUCUGUUAGCCAGUGAGUAGCAGGUUUAUGAAUGUGGAAACCACCAGAGAGGAGAAGUGUGUGUUAACAUGCCAUGCUAAGUAGCUAGCCAUCAAAAAAGGUACUUUUCAUUCAUCAAACUGGCAGGAAAUGAUCAUUUCCAAACAUGAAAAUUACAACAAUAAGGUUUAAAGAAAUUAUGUUGUAUGUCAUGGGCACACUAAUGGAAAAUUAAACUUCAAUUUAAUUAAAUGAUUUCCUUUAAAUAUUGACGGUCACAGUCUUUCAUAUGGAAAAGUUCCACUGUUUAUUGUUAACAUUAAAAACAUUAGUAAAAGGUAACAAAAUUGGAUUAAACCUUGUAAACUGCAGCAUUUAUUGAAUCAGAAAACUUAUUUGUAAAAGCUAAAAUCAGUGAGCCUUAAUUAAAACACUCUUCUGUAAAAGACAACACUAAAAUGUUUGGUUAUCAAAAAGCUUUUCGUUAACAUUAUUUUAAAAAAUAAAGCCUCUUUUCAGGUAUACAAUAACAGUGAAAGCUAGUGUUGUUGUCAAGACCGCCCAAACCGAGACCAAGUCAAGACCAAGACCAGAG